GGGUGCCUGCACAGCGCUGGCCACUUCCUUUCCGCUGCUGGUCACCUGGAAAGACCGGCUCCGCUGUGCUGUCCCUGGUGCUGGCAGCAGUGACAGAAGAUGACACUCCCCAGCUUGUUACCGGCACCGACCCAGCGGUCCGACGACCAGCCUGAGGCUGCGGAAAAGGCCACCUCCCAGAGGUCGUGGAGGACCUCACCCGUCUCCUCCCGAAGAGGACCUCCCCCAUAUGGGUGCCAGGAAGGAUGGCUGCCCCAGUUAUUGAAGGAUUUUGGAGAUGGAGGUGCUUUUCCAGACAUCCACGUGGCCCAGUAUCCCCUGGAUAUGGGACAGAGGAAAACAAUGUCAAAUGCGCUGGCCAUUCAGGUGGAUCCUGAAGGAAGAAUGAAGUACAACGCAAUUGCUCGACAAAGACAGGUGAGAGACAAGGUCAUUUGCAGCACAUACACUGGCCUGGUUCCAAAGGAAGUUACGAAUGCAGAUGACACAGACCUGCAGAGACCAGAUGAAGAAGCUAUUAAAGAGAUAACAGAAAAGACACGAGCAGUCUUAGAGAAAUCCGUAUGGCAGAAGGUUGCCACAGCCAGGCCACUGGGCGCCGUUGAUAAACUGGCUCCAGCUCGGUAUAUCCGAUACAGCCCAGCUCAGCAAGGAGGGCCUUUCAACUCUGGAGCUACACAGAGGAUUAUUCGCAUGGCAGAAAUGCGGACAGAUCCCAUGGAGCCUCCAAGGUUUAAGACUAACAAGAAAAUUCCCCGGGGACCACUUUCUCCUCCUGCACCUGUCAUGUGUUCCCCUAGCAGACAGAUGACUGUAAGGGAACAACGGGAGUGGAAGAUUCCUCCCUGCAUUUCUAACUGGAAAAACGCAAAGGGUUACACGAUCCCACUGGACAAACAUCUGGCUGCGGAUGCAACAGGACUACAGACAGUACACAUCGGUGAGAAGUUUGCCAAACUCACCCAAGCCCUCUACACGGCUGAACGCAAGGCUCGAGAAGCUGUGGAAACGCGUGCCCAGGUAGAGAGAAAGAUGGCUCACAAAGUAAAGGAGAGACGUGAAGAGAAACUCAGAGAAAUGGCCCAGAAAGCCAGGGAGAGGAGAGCUGGGACCAAAACCCAUGUGGAGAAAGAGGAGAGGGAGGACAUCCGGCAUGACAGGCGAAAAGAGAGACAGCGUGCCCGGAACCUGCCCACGGCAGCACAAGAGAAGAGGCUGAAAGUACAGAGAAGUGGAAUUCGGGAUGUGACCGAAGUCAUUGCUCUCAGUAUGGCCAAUCCUCGGACGUCCAGUGAAGUUCAGUACGACCACAGGCUCUUUGACCGAUCCCAAGGGGUGGACAGUGGAUUUGCAGGUGCACAAGAUGAACUUUACAAUGUGUAUGAUGGAGCCUGGAGAGGUGGUCAGGGCAUGGCCCAGAUCAUUUACAGGCCCAGCCAAAAUCUGAGCAAGGACGUGUGUGCUGAUGACCUAGAAGCCAGAAUAAAGAGCAACAGAUUUCUUCCCGACCAGGAGGUUUCUGCUUCAGACCCAAGGCAGAGAGGCCGAGAAGGACCAGUUCCGUUUGAGGAAGAUCCUUUUGGUUUGGGCAACUUUUUGGAAGAAGCCAAACAGCACGGGGCCUCUAAGCGACCCUCAGAGAGCAGCAGCCCCAGGGAACGUGAGCACGAACGCAAGAGGAGGAGGAAGGAACAGACGCACAUCUCUUCAGAGUAA